AUGAGUCCUGCCAAGACUACUGUGUUUGCGACUCCUAGUGCUGAGGGAAAAUCAUCUAGAUGGUAUUUGAUUGCUUUCCGCAAUCAGGUCGAGGGGACGUCAUUUGCAUGGAAAUUGCUGUCAACAACUGCACAAGAACAUCAAAUGUGUGAUAGACAUGCCCAAGAAUCUAUUUGGGGUUCUGGAACUUGUUUGUCUGAUUUAUGGCCAUUACGAGACCAUCAAGUUCCUAAAGUUACCGUUGCAACUAUGAUAAAUGAUGAUCAGAUAGCAUUUGGAUAUGUUGAUUCUCCAGUUGUAAAUGCUGAAGAUUUUGAUGAAAAACCAGAAAAAUAUUCUAAAAUUUUUUCUUGGUCAACUAAUGGCGCUUCUCAUCAAUGUAAUACAUCGUCAUUGCCUUCUGCUUCGGAGUUAGAGGACCAGGCUAUUGGAGCGAGUAGUGUUCAAGUUAUAGUCUCCGCUUUAAUGACAUGGGGUAUUGACAACUCUUUAGACCGAAUAUGUUUAGAGAAAUUAGGCUUGAAAAAACCAUCAAAACAUGUAGCCUUUGAUUCUGAUGCCAAUGCUGCAACAGUGAAAGCCAUGGCACAAAAAGCAAUAUUUCAAAUAUCAACAGUUAAUACACCAUUAUGCAUUUCCACCCUUACCCUUAAUACGAAUAACUCUAAAAAACCUGCAGAAAAAAACGGAUUUUUAAAAUUAAUAUCAUUAUUUAUUCGUAAAAAGCCACUUGUACUUUACACCAGUCUCUCAUCACUAGUAGAAGCGGUGGUUAAAUCAUUAGACCCAAACAUUCCCAAAAUGCGGGAUACAGUUUUACAAACUACUACAAAUGUUUUACAUGAUUUAGUAAAAACAUUUCCUUCAAUUUCAUUUCAUGGCGGAACACAGAAACUUGCAGGCCAUACAAAAUCGGUCUCAGCUGUAACAUUUUCAGGAGAUGGAAAAUUCAUAGUAUCAUGUUCACUUGAAGAAGGAACGGUUCGAGUAUGGAACCCAAGUCCUGGGUUAUUAGGAAUGUUAGCUGGAUCAUUUGCUGGUGGCAAUAUGGGUAACAAUUCAAAAACGGAAA